ACUAUCGAUAGCUUCAACUGUCACUUGGAAUUCUAUUUGUGUGAAUGGCAAUAUCGCGCUGCAGCCCUGGCUGGCUUUCAUAACCAAGCAACUGCUGAUUUCGUUUAUAUAUUUGUAAAUUAAAAUAUUUGUUAAAUAAAAUGAACACAUUGCGUCUAUUGAGGCCACUUCAGCUCAGCCUUAAGAUCGAGCGCAACUAUGGUAAACAUAACAAAAAGUUCCUGUACAAAGAUGGCAAGAAAUACGAGAAUAUUUUUUACUAUCCCAGAACUCCCGACCAUCAGGAUCCGCCAAUUGAACCGGCCAAGUUGUUUCGCGUGCAGCGCAUCAAGCCCGUUAAAGGCAAUCCCUACUGGGAGAAGCGUUUGCUUAAAGAAUUGGGCUUGGAUGGAAAACAAAGCGAUUUUACCGUGGUUAAAAAUAUACCCGAAAACAAUGCCCGCUUAUGGAAGAUUAAGCAUUUGAUUAAAGUGUCCCCAGUGACAUUCCCCUACGGGGAACCAACCGCACAGGACAUCAAGCACACGAUACUCAAGGAGAACGGCGAAUGCCUGGUGACUAAACAAAUCGGACCCGUGGAACAGCGUUGCAAAGCACGCCAGGAAUAUGAUCAACAGCCCAAGCGAUUGGACACGGAUCUUCUGCGAAAGGAUGCGCGGCUCAAGUGGCUCAAUCCCUGGUAGCAAUAGUUCCAUUCAAUUGUAAUAUGUAAAAGAGGAAAGUUAUUAAACAUGUGAGAAAUAAGUAA